AUGGGGCUCUGCUCCUGUACCCCUCUGCAGAAACACAACCUGGUCCUGGACUCUGGGCUCCUCUCCCGUUCUGCUCUGGAGACACCCCACCUAGUGCUGGCCACGGGCCUCCGCUCCCAUGCCUCUCUGGAGGAACCCCAGCUGCUGUUGGCCACGGGGCUCAUCUCCUGUCUCCAUUGGGAAGAACCCCAGCUGUUGCUGGCCACAGGGCUCCGUUCCUCUCUACGUCUGGAGGCACUCCACCUGUUGCUGGUGCUGGCAACGGGUCUCCAGUCGCAUCCCCCUCGGGAGGCACUCGAGCUGGUGCUGGUCAUGGGGUUCUGCUCCCAUGCACCCCACCCGGUGGUGGACAUGGGACUCCAUUCCCAUCGCCCCAAGGAGGUACUCCAUCUGGUGCUGGUGCUGGUCAUGGGUCUCCAGUCCAAUCCCCCUUGGGAGGCACCCAAGCUCGUGCUGGUCAUGGGGAUCCGCUCCCCUUGCUGUCGGGAGGUUCCCCACCUGGUGCUGUCCACCGGGCUCCUCUGCUCCUGUCCCUCUCUGGAGGGGAUCUGCUUCCAUCCCUCUCUGGAGUCACCCAAGCUGCUGUUGGCUAUGGGCCUCCACACUUGUCCCUGUCUGGAGGCACCCCACCUGGUGCUGGUGCUGGCCAUGGGGAUCCGCUCCCGUCCCUCUCGUUCCUCGGCUGGAAAGGUUGUCCUGGAGCCGUCACCUUACUUCAAGUUGACCAGGCCCAGUGGUGUGUGCUGUAAGGUCGCGCCUGGCAUGUGUUCAACCUUCCGCAUCCUGUUCACCCCGGAGGAGAACAAGGAUUAUUUCUACCAGGUCACCUGCAUCACAGAAAGGGAAAAAUUUAUCGUGCCAAUCCGAGCUAUAGGUGCCCGAGCUAUCCUGGACUUCCCUGACCAGCUGGACUUCUCUGUCUGUCCAGUCAAGUACAGCUCCCAGAAAACUCUGCUGGUUCGCAACAUCGGUAACCGGGAGGCUCGCUACUGCAUCAGCACUGAGAGCCCCUUCUCUGUGGAGCCCUCCAUCGGGACUCUUGGGAUUGGUGAUGCCGUGCAAGUGACAGUGGAGUUUCACCCGCUGAAGACCGGGGAUCAUUCCGGUUCCCUGGUAGUUCGCUAUGACACAGGUGAAGAUAUUCACACAGGCCUUUAUGGAGUGGCUGAAAAUGUCAACAUCGGGCUGGCCAGGAGCUCCCUGACAGUUGAGAAGACUUACCUCACGCUGUCAAACCACAGAUCUAUGCUCAUCCACAAUCAGAGUGAAAUCAAAGUCCACUUCCAGUGGAAGGCUUUUUCUACUCAGGAAGAGGAGGAUCAUCUGAAGCUGAGGCUCCAGAGGCGGAGAGAGGGCAAGAUGGAUCGUUGUCUGAGGGAGUGCAAGGUGGACUCUGCUCUCCGAGAAUGCCUUCCCCUUCUCUCCUGCCCCUUCCAUAACCAGCAGGAAAAGGCACAAGGAGACUCCAUGCUUUUCUCUGACGAUGUGUUCACCCUUGAGCCGCUGGUGGUCCUGUUUAACAAAGGAGCCAUCGAUGCUGUCUUCAACUUGGUCCCUCCAGCUACAGCUCUGGGCUCCUGCUUCACCUUCCUCCCCCAGGAGGGCAUCAUUUUGCCGGAGGGGCUCCAAGUCAUCCGGAUCUCCUUCAGUUCCACCAGCCUGGGGGAGUUCACAGAAGAGUUCAGGUUCAGUGUGACUGGAUCACCUGAGCCUGUGACCUUGACGAUCAGGGGCUGUGUCAUUGGACCGACUUUCCAUUUCAACGUCCCUGCCCUCCACUUCGGUGAUGUCUCCUUCGGCUUUCCUCACACCUUGUCGUGUCGCCUCACUAACACCUCCUUGGUGCCCCUGACCUUCAAACUUCGUGUUCCUGGGGAUGGCCUGGGAGAGCCCAGUGUCAGCAGUUUUGCUCACAUGACAGACAACAGUCACCUACUGAAGAGAAAGGGAGCCCAACGUCACCUCAGGCCAAGAGAAUUCAGCAUAAAGCCCCGCAGAGGGACCAUCCGCCCCCUGGGAUUCCUGGAUAUCCAGGUCACCCUGUGUUCCAACACUCUGCAGAGAUACGAGCUGGCUCUGGUGGUGGAUGUGUGCGGUGUAGGCAGGGCGGUGUCGGCGCUGCUCCUCACAGCCAGAUGCAUGGUUCCUGUGCUGCGAGUGCUCAACCCCGUCGUGAUGUUCGGACGGUGCUCUCUAAAAUACCCUUACCAUCAGAUGCUGACCCUUGUGAACGACAGCGAUCUUCCAGGCUGCUACAGGGUUCUUCCUCAGAUUUGCAAGGAGGACGCUUCUGUGUGGUACUCCAGCCCCAUGCCAUGGGGGAUUGUCCAGCCUUGCAGCGCGGUGGAGGUCCCGUUGACGCUGGAAGCCCAGGUGACGGGAGAGCAGGACACUGUUGCUCGUGUUGCAGUGUUUGGGAGUGGAGGAUCCCCUCUGAAAAUCCAUUUAGCGAGCACUGGAGAAGGACCAGUUGUCUGUGUUCAUCCACAUAAGAUAAAUUUUGGCAGUAUCGAGGUUCUGCAAGAUGCUUCCCGAACUCUCCACCUCUCCAAUCAGAGCGUCAUCCCUGCAACCAUCAGGGCAAAGAUGGCUGGCAAAUGCUCACACUGGAGGAUUGAACCCAGUGAAGGAGUGAUUCCCCCCGAGACAGAGGUGUCUGUGGCUGUCCUAGCGAGCUUGGAUGACACGCAGAAAUUCAAGGACGAGGUGAACCUCUUCAUCGAGAACAGCCACACCUACGUUAUCCCUGUCCGGGCUGUUGGCACUGGCACCACGAUUGUCACUGACAAACCCUUUGCUCCGGAGCUCAACUUGGGACCUCACUUCAGGCAGGCCACAAAUUGGCUACCCAACGGAGUGGGCGAUGUCAGUGUGAUUUCUGUCAUCGUCCUCUGCCCCCCUGCACAUCUUGCUCUGCAGACUCUGGAGUUGUUGCCUUUGCUGUUGGCUGCAGAGGUGCCGCCAGAAAACCAGUAA